CUUCGCGAGCCCUUUGCAGAGUUUCUGGGCACUGCAGUUCUCAUGAUAUUUGGCAACGGCAUCAACGUGCAAGUCACGGUCAGCAAGCUUUACGAUGCAUCCGACGCAAAGGGAGACUACCUGUCCAUCAGCUUUGGAUGGGGUCUCGGUGUCCUUUUCGGCGUGACGCUUGCAGGAGGUAUUUCGGGAGGACACAUCAACCCAGCACUUACGCUCGCGCUGGCCGUUUGGAGGCGCUUUCCGUGGCGCAAAGUACCCGUCUAUAUUUGCGCGCAAAUGGCAGGUGCGCUCGUCGGCAGCCUGAUGAUAUACGGCCUUUACGUCGUGCCCAUUCGAAUCGUCGACCCUAUGCAAACGGAAACGACGGCCGCGCUCUUCACCACGUACCCGGCCGAGUUUUUGCGCACCCAGUCCACUCGCAUCACCACCUUUUACAACGAGGUAUUUGCCACUGCUGUGCUCGCAGCGGUCGUCUUUGCUCUGGGAGACAGCAACAACACGCCACCCCCCGAAGGCAUGGCUCCUUUGAUAUUGAUGUGGCUGAUCAUGGCCAUCGGUGCUACACUCGGCUGGCAGAGCGCUUACUGUGUCAAUCCUGCUCGUGAUUGGGGACCUCGCAUGAUGCUCAGCAUGGUCGGCUACCAAGGUCUCUGGUCCUUCAACGCCGGCUAUUUUGCCUGGACUCCUCUUCUCGCCACAGUCGUCGGUGCUCAAGUCGGUGCUUUCCUUUACGAUGCAUUGAUCUACACAGGCGGUGACAGUCCUCUCAACCGACCCUGGCGAUGGAAUAGAGUCAAAUGGCCCAGCACCAGUCGACACCAGCUUCCCGCUUCGGUCUCAUGA